AUGGCUUACACAGAAGGAGGGUCUACCCGUGAGGUAGAUCCGGAAAAAUCCGCCUCGUCCAUGACCAGCAACAAGAAUGAGCAGAAUGGAUCUGAUGGCCCGGACGAUUUGUCCCAGGAAAUUCUUGCAUUGCAGGACAUGGAUCCGUCCAUGGAUAAGAAGAUGCACUUGGUGAACAAUACACUGGAUGAAAUAGGCUGGACAAACUACCACUGGAAGCUCUUUUUCCUCAGCGGAUUCGGAUACGCCGUGGAUGCCCUCCAACUCAGUCUCCAGGGCAUCAUAUCCGUACAAGCCGUUCUCGAAUUCCAGCCAUCCUACGCUAAGGGCCUAACCAUCGCCUUGUACAUUGGCAUGCUCAUCGGCGCCUUGUUCUGGGGUCUCUUCGCCGACAUUAUCGGCCGCAAGAUUGCUUUCAACGUUUCUCUCUUCAUCUGCUCCAUCUUCACCAUUGUGGCAGGCGCAUCACCAAGCUGGGAAUCACUGGGUUUCUUCAUCGCGAUGGCUGCGUUCGGCGCAGGUGGCAACCUGAUUCUUGACACGACCGUCUUUCUCGAGUAUCUGCCCUCCAACAAGCAGUGGAUUGUAAGUUGGUUAGCUGCAUGGUGGGGAGUUGGAUGCACCAUAGCAGGAUUAGUAGCCUGGGGCUACAUGCCCAACUUUUCCUGUGCAGAUGCAAGCGACUGCACAAAAGCCAACAACAGCGGAUGGCGCUAUCUCAUGUACACUAUGGGUGCCUUCAUCUUCGUCCUCAGCGUCCUCCGCGUGACCGUGAUCCGCCUCCGCGAAACCCCCAAGUUCCUCCUGGGACAGAGCAAAGACGCCGAGGUAGUCCACAUCCUCAAAGAGCUCGCAGAUCGAUACAAACGGCCCUGCUCUCUCACCGUCGAGAAACUCGAGGCCUGCGGCGUCGUCAGCUCCGCCCACUCCCGCAGUCGCUUCUCCAUGGGCGAAUUCCUCAUCCACUUCCGCGCCCUCUUCAUCACCAAAAAGGUUGCCUUCACAACCAUCCUUCUCUGGCUGUCGUGGUCCAUCAUCGGCCUCGCAUACCCGCUGUUCAAUGUCUUUCUGCCGUACUACCUCGCCAGCAGAGGCGUGCAGUUCGGCGUCACGAGCACGUACCUGACGUGGCGAAACUAUGCUCUCGUCCAGGUAUGCGGCAUCUUUGGCCCCAUGGUAGGCGGACACAUGGCGAAUUGGCGAAUCCUAGGACGACGAUACACCAUGAUUAUCGGCGCGUUGGUCACAAUGGCCUUUUUCUUCGCGUAUUCCCAGGUUGCGUCGCAGGAUGCGAGUGUGGCGUAUAGUUGUGUUAUUUCGUUCACGCUCGAGAUUUACUAUGGUGUUUUGUAUGGAUACACGGCUGAGACGCUGCCUUCUGCUCAUCGAGCUACGGGCAAUGGCAUCGCCGUCGCGUUUUGUAGGCUUGCGGGUGCCAUGUCGGCUGUUGUGGCGACGUAUGCUAACCCUACUACUGUUGCGCCGGUGUUUAUCUGUGCUGCUCUGUAUGGAGCAUUGGCUCUUUGUGCGUUUUUGUUGCCGUUUGAGCCGUAUGGGAAGCGAGCUUCUUGA